CAAUUAUUACGCCAAGAGCGAAUAUUUGCGAGAAUAGAAAUUAGACGGCAAGGUCGGGUUCUCCUGGAAUGUAAAUCAGGAUAUCACUUGGGUUGUCCUGGCGUUUAUCAGUGCGAUAAUUCCAUCGAAUUAAAGUUCUCUGGCACUUUUGCCAAAACUGAUUAUUUACAAGAAUUUUCCUGCACUUAUUGUCAGCAUUAUCUUACGGAGCAGGAUAUUUUGAAAGGCAAUUACCGCCUUUAUGUCAGUGAUUAUGCUAAUGAAGUUGAUAAAGAGGAGUUUUUUUCCCAGCGGUUAGGACGGCACCUAACCACUUAUGGCUUGAAUUUCUGA